UAAGACGUCAGAGAGGUUCAUGCUGGACCAUUCAUUCAGUCAUUGUGAGGCGAACGUCAAGACAUUGAUGGUAUCAGUGUGAUGCUUGCAAGAAUAUGUACACACACCUGUCCAACGUGGGCUCUCACUGUGCCAUCGAGAAGCUAAGACUGAGGCCUUCCCCUCGACAGACAGGACGACGCCUCGUUCUUAGCCACCCGCUGGCUCAGCAACAACCACACGUCGGAUCACUUCACUUGCUUGCCAGGCCUCAAUAUAUUCGCUACUACCCGAAUUUCUUGACGAUCUGCAGCACGUCCUCGUCGUCCAACUUGUGACCUGUAUACAGCAUGACACGCACAGGUGACAGCACACGUGGUUAGCUAUAUCGUCAAGCCAAGUGCCGCCUGCUUGUCUACCUAACCUGCCCUUCUGCGUACACACAUGACCUACCCGUGCCGACUCUCUGUGGAUUGUGUUUGGUCGACCGGCCCCACACGAUGCCGUACUUGAGGUCCUUCAUCAAAUCCUACACACACACACACAUUCAUUCAUGACGCGCCACGCCCGGGACACCACCACACACAGCCGCCCGCCUCUCUCUCUCGGUGUGUGCGUGUGUGUGCGUGCCCACCGCACCCUGUGUAUCAUCUUGAUGGCGUUCUCGACUGUCCCAUCACCUGCAGAGGUGCAGGCGUCAUCGAUACAUGCAUUCACACACACAGGUAGGUAGGUCUUACCUACCUCGCUGUGGUGUCAGAACUAUGGGCUCAGAAAAGUCAGGAAACUGACCUGCAGGGCAGGGCAGGGCAGGGCAUGCACACAACCAAAACUGCGCUGGCGUGCGGCUGGCUGAAGUUGAUUGACGUGGUUUGUUUGCGGUGGGUGACUCCGACCGCACCUCUCUUUUUGGUGUACACCCUGACGAGCUCGAGGUCGUUCCAGAGGCACUCGAGCAGCGUGUCGAGGUUCCAAUUCUUGUGGCAUGACACAACCACUGUGUGCGGCCUGGUGGACACACAGAUGGGUGGGUGGACAAAGCCAUGGACGGACGGACGGAUGGAUGGACGGAUGGACGGAUGGACGUGUGUCGCGUGGUGCGGUGGCGUGUACUUUCUGGCGAGUUCGUCGACUUGUUCGAGUGUGAGGCAGUCGAUCUUGUUGUAGACGUACAGACACUUGACGUACUUGCGGUUGCCCUCUAUCACGUCAAUCAGGUCAUCAGCCUUCACACACACACAACACACAUGUCCAGUUCACCCCUGUCUGUCUGUCUGUCUGUCUGUCUGCGUGUGUGUGAGUGUGUGUGUGCGGGGUCUUUGCCGGCCGACCGUACCGUGGAGUCUUCGCGUAUGACGACGUCACAGUUGAAUAUCUUGUACUCAUGCAGCACCAGCUGCACCGUCUUGCUGUCAAGCUGACGGACACACACCAACACACAUACACACGAGAGUGCCGUUGCAGUCAUCGUGUCGAUCGUACUCGUGUGAGCGGCACGACGGCGUUGAAGUGAAUCCCGCCGGUCUUCUUGGGACGAAAGUAUAUCUAAGUGGACACACAUUAGCACGCACAGACACAUGAGAGACCCUCGCCCCCUCUCCUCUCCCGUGCUGGUGUGAUUCAAUGCAUCCAUACGUUUGGCGGCCGCCUGUUCAGCCGAAUGCCCACAGCCUCAAGCUCACUGACAGACCAGCAAACACACACACACAGACCACACACACAACAUACCGAACAUACAUAUUCCAUCCAUCCAUCCAGCCAUCCUCCCUCACACACGCAUACACGCACACACGUACGCCUCCAAUCUCUGCCGCUGGCUGUCGUCCUUGGUCGCGUCGAGCACCAUGAGCACCAGGUCGGCCGACUUGCCCACGGCAAUGACCUGCCGGCCUCUCCCGCGCCCCUCUGCGGCGCCCUCGAUGAUACCCGGCAGGUCGAGCAGCUGGAUCUUGGCACCGUUGUGGUAGAUGACGCCCGGGAUGCACGUGAGCGUCGUGAACUCGUAGGCAGCCGCCUCGGACUCGGUGCCCGUCAGCCUGCUCAGCAAGGUACUCUUGCCCACCUGCACACGCACAUGGGCCUCGUCUCUCUCUCUCUCUCUCUCUCUCUCUGUGUGUGUGUGUGUGUGUGUGUGUGUCUGUGUCUGUGUGUGUCUGUUUUUGUUUACCGAUGGGAAUCCGAUGAGUGCGACCCGCGCGUCGCCAUAUCUGCCGACGUCGAAGCCCUCACCUUUGCCACCGCCCUUUGACGAAGGCUCCAGCAACUGCGACCUGCAACACACAAGCCAGGCGCACAGACCAACGAACAGACAGUGCAAGGGAGGGCGAGGGUGCGCGCACCUCAGCUUCGCCAGCUGGGCCUUGAGCCUUCCCAGAUGCCCCUACACGCGCACACAACGUUGCAUAGCAAGCAGGAAGAUGAGAAAGAUGGCUGGCUGCAUCCGUGGCGCCGGCAGAUCUAUCUGGUGGGUGUGUUUGCGUCCGACACACACAUCCCACUCCCCCACCUCGGUGGCUUUGUUCUUCUGCGUCCUCGCCAUCUCGGCCUCUAUCUCCUUGAUCCUCUGGUGGCAGAGAGCACACCACGGACACACAAACGAUAGCCAGAUGAACAGAAAGAUGAAUCAAUGACUCAGGUUUGCCACUGCUGUAGAUAGAUACCUCCAGAAUGCCCAUCUUGCCAAAACAACAAAAGCACACAGAAGCAGCAGCGGUUUCAGGGAGCACCCAGAAGCAGAGAGAGCGGUUUCCCCAG